AUGCGCUUCCAUGCUGCUUUGCAUUCCAACCUUCCCCAUUUGUCCGACUACGAUUGCUUCUACGCCUCUGUGUUUGAAGCCGAGAAUCCGGCGCUUAAGGCACUGCCAUUGGCUGUGCAGCAGAAGCAGAUUGUCGUGACUUGCAACUAUGAAGCACGGAGGAGAGGGCUACGGAAACUACAGCUUAUCAAGGAAGCAAAGAAGACAUGCCCUGAAGUAGUCAUUGUGCUCGGAGAAGACUUGACCAAGUUCCGCGAUAUAUCCAAGGGGCUCUAUUCGUUCCUAAGUUCGUUGGUAUGGGGUGAUCAGGUGGAGAAAUUGGGAUUUGACGAGGUAUUUCUAGAUGUCACCUCCAUGAUAGAGUACAAUCUCCAGUGGCUAGAGCCCGACAUCACCAACUCCGUCUUUCAGCUGGACAAAGAUGACUUUACCGUUGGGUUUGAGUAUGAUCCCACUGUAUACUGUGGCCCUACGUAUCCUUCGCGGGAUGACCAUCUACAGCCAGAACACAUAUCAUUACCGUUAGACCUUGGACAGAGGCUGAUCCUCGCCUCACACCUGGGCAAUUACUUACGAAAGCAGCUGGAGGAGAGACAUGGCUACACUAGCACUGUUGGAAUAUCUACAUCCAAGCUACUCGCAAAGUUAGCUGGAAACGUCCAUAAACCGCGGAAUCAAACGACCCUUAUACCGCCAUUCCUAAACGAUACAGACCAGAGUGAUAGUUAUAUCAUUCAAUUCAUGGACAGCCAUGAAAUAGGCAAGGUUCCUGGCAUUGGAUUCAAAAUUGCUAGCCUUAUCAGAGCAGCGGUGCUCGGUCGUGAAAACGAUUUAGAGCUGUACCGAGAAUUAAGGACCUGCGACCAAGUCACAGUGGGUGAUGUGAGAACAUUUCCAGGCAUGGGUCCGUUAAUGCUUGAUAAAAUUUUAUCAGGCGGCGGAUGGCCUAAGGAUAUAGGAACUAGAAUAUGGGGCUUGAUUAACGGGGUUGACCAUAGCGAGGUUGCCGCUGCCCGUGCAACUCCCACUCAGAUUAGUAUUGAGGAUUCGUUCCGUCAGCUGGAUACUCUAGACGCUGUGAGGAAGGAAAUUCUUCCGCUGGCUCGUAACUUGAUACGGCGAAUGCACACUGACCUAACAGAGGAGGAAGAAGAAAUGGCCGGAACUGAUGAAGAAGAGGCCGAUACUAUGAGAGACGAUACGCAAGAUCAGCCCGCAGUACCACCACAGCCAUCAACAAGAAAGAGACGGUGGCUAGCACACCCUCGAACAUUACGACUCUCUACACGCUCUCGUAUACCACCCAGCAGUACAGAUACUAACCCGAGCACCGCUCAGCCACCAGAUAGGACACCGACUCUAUACAACAACCGCAUCUCACGAUCCUGCCCUAUUCCCCAAUUCAUAUUUUCCUUCAAAGAUAAUGUGGAUGCUAUCGCUGAACGAUUAGUGCACGAAUGUUUAAUGCCUGCCUUUCUAAAACUUCACCCAGAGAAGUCUGGGUGGAGAAUCAGUUUGAUCAACGUUGCGGUUACUAAUAUGGUGGAUAGUGCUGGGUCAACGAAGAAUAGCGCCGGUAGAGAUAUCGGCAAGAUGUUUAGAUCGCAGAGUCGAGUUCUUCGAGAAUGGAAAGUCGCUGAUGUGGAUAAUGGUGUUGGCGAUUGCCAGGUUGAUAAUUCUGAUGCUAUAAAGAGUGACACUGCAUUAGAAUUGGAGGACGACUCCAUGGAAAACGACAUGUGGGAGCACGAAGAGGUUGAUUCUUCGAUGGAUAACAGCACUUACGGUGCUGAAUGCCACAUUUGCGGCACAUAUAUACCGCAUUUUGCAUUGAAAGCACACGAAACUUACCACUCUAUCCCUGAUUAA